CGCGGCGCUGCGCGGGGCGGCUGGCACAGGCGGCGGCGCCGGGGCCGGAGGAAAAACCCCCCCCCUGUUGGUCAUCUCCUUGGCCCACUGCUGCCUCACAAAGGCCCAAGGACAACGCGGGAUCAUGUCCCAGCUUCCCGGGCUAUGAGAAGAGCUGUCUGCCCAGUCCCAUUCAGUCCUGUGCCAGGUUCUGCCACUGUUGUCCCCAGCUGCAGUGAGAGGAGGAGGAGGCUGGCACCAUGGGCUCGGGCAGUGUCCUCCGUGCCUGGGGGAUGAAAACGCUGCCAUGGACAGCCCAUGCCAAUCCGACCUCCUGAGCAGGAGUCUCCCUCAGCUGCCCACUGUGGACACCCCUGGGCACAGCCUUGCCAGGAUGGGCUUGGAGAGCUAUGUGUCCUGUCCUUCACAGCCCUCCUUCCACCUGUCUGGUCCUUGCGAGGCUUUGGCUGGCCCCAGCAGCAGUGGGGGUGGCCCUCUGCCCCCAGGAGCCGGCAUUCCCUCAGCUGCAGCCAGCCCCAUGCCCGAGGGGCGCAGUGGGCAGGGAGGUGGGGAGUUGCGACCCUUACAGAGUGAGGGGGCUGCUGUGCUGAUCACCAAGGAGUGCCCACUGCUGGCCGCCCGGGGGGCCCAGCCUGAAGCCCCCAAGCGGAAGCAGGCCGAGAGCGGUGGCGACACCCCGCCCGGCAAGCGGCGCUGGGCAGAGGAGGGCAGUGAGACGCCGGUGCAGAGGGAGGCCGUGGUCUCUGCUGCUGAGCGGCUGGCUGUGGACUACAUCGUACCCUGCAUGCGAUGCUAUGGCAUCUGUGUGAAAGACGGCUUCCUUGGGGCGGCCUUGGGCAGCCGAGUGCUGGCAGAGGUAGAGGCCUUGAACCGAGAUGGGCGCUUUCGGGAUGGACAGCUUGUGAGCCAGCGGGCCAUCCCCUCACGUAGCAUCCGAGGAGACCAGAUUGCCUGGGUGGAGGGGCGUGAGCCCGGCUGCGAGAGCAUCGGGGCCCUGAUGGCCCAUGUGGACGAGGUGAUCCUACACUGUGCUGGGCGCCUGGGCAGCUACAUCAUCAACGGCCGGACCAAGGAGCCUCCUGACGGCCCCGCCCCUCUGUGCCUCCCGCAGGCCAUGGUGGCUUGUUACCCUGGCAACGGGCUGGGCUAUGUGCGGCAUGUGGACAACCCCCACGGGGAUGGGCGCUGCAUCACCUGUAUCUAUUACCUGAACCAGAACUGGGACAUCAAGACCCACGGUGGCUUGCUGCAGAUCUUCCCCGAGGGUCGGCCUGUGGUGGCCAACAUCGAGCCUCUGUUUGAUCGGCUGCUGAUCUUCUGGUCGGACCGCAGGAAUCCCCACGAGGUGAAGCCGGCCUACGCCACCAGGUGCGCCCUUGACCACCCUCCUCCCUCACCUCCAGGGACCACUGAAGCAGCUGCUUGGGCCUGGGUACGCCAUCACUGUCUGGUAUUUUGAUGCCAAGGAACGGGCUGCAGCCAAGGACAAGUAUCUACUAGCAUCAGGCCAGAAGGGCAUUCAGGUGCCUGUGUCCCAGCCAGGCCAGCCUACCUAGCGGAGAGCACUUGGAACCAGCCGGAUGGUCGCGUCCCCCCCCCCCCCCCCGUGCUGCUCUGCUGGCGGCCGGGCUGGGCUGUCCUGGACACCAUGGCCGUUCUCUCUGCUGCUGCUUCUGCCUUUGCCUGCCUGCCUUCCCCCUCCCCAUGUGGGUGGAGGGGUUACUGCCAGCCCUCGAGGGGAGCAGGAUCGCCUACUCCUGGCACAGCGGGAGCUGGGCAGGGACAGGCAGCAUCCCGUGCACGUGGCCCUUUCCCCAGCUCCGCAAGGAGUAAGCCUCCCGUGGACUCGCCCCACAGUGGGGCCCCCUGGCACUGCCCCCUCUAACCAGGAUACAAGAUUGGAAUUGUUGGGGGUGGGGAGGGUCAUGGCCUCUUGCUGGCAGGGGGGAUGGGUGGGACUCCUGCCCCCUUCCUCCAGCCUGGAAUGUGAAGUGCCCCCCCACCUUGGCCCUGGCCUCCUCUGGACUGAGCCUUCUGUGGGGGUAGGGGUGCUCAGCGGAGCCUCGGCUGCAGACUUGCCGCCCGCCCCCAAAUAAAGUUUACCUCAGAGCCGGG